AUGGCAUAUGACCGUUAUGUGGCCAUCUGUAAACCACUGCACUAUGAAACAAUAAUGAGCAGGAGAGCUUGCGUCCAAACGGCAGCCAUGGCAUGGGUUGCUGGUCUUCUCCAGUCUGCUAUGCACACUGGUAGCACAUUUACAGUCACAUUUUGUAAAGGCAAUAUAGUAAACCAGUUCUUCUGUGAAAUCCCACACCUGAUCAAGCUCUCUUGUUCUGACUCGUAUCUCAGAGAAUUUGGGGUUCUCGCACUCUCUGUUCUUUUAGCCUUGAGCUGCUUUAUUUUUAUAAUGGUAUCAUAUGUUCACAUUUUCACCACAAUAUUGAGACUCCCUUCUGAGCAGGGGAGGUACAAAGCCUUCUCCACCUGCAUUCCCCAUAUCACUAUGGUCUCUUUGUAUCUUAUUAAUGGCACCUUUGCUCACAUGAAACCCCCUUCUCUCUCCCCUUCUAGUCUGGAUUUAAUCCUAGCUAUUCUUUACUCUGUAGUUCCUGCAAUGAUGAAUCCAAUAAUCUAUGGCCUAAGAAACAAAGAUAUCACAGUUGCAUUGAAAAAAAUGAUUCAGUAG